AUGGCAAAAUUUGCCUCACAUGACAGCCGACUCCGCGCCGGAGGCUGCGGGAGCGCCCUGCGCGGCCGUAGCGCUGGGACUGCGGGGACACAGCCGCAUCUCCCGCCCGCAAGUGCCCAGCCCGCGCCACACCCCAUCUCCGCCGCCCCAGCCGGACACUCGGGAAAGUUGCGAGGGCCGAGGAGGCGGGAGGGGAGGAAAAGAGAGGGGCGGAGGCGUGGACCCGGCGGGCAGCAGCGGAGCCCGCCCGGGAGGCGCCGCGGCGUCCAGACCCGGAGGCAUCCCCCCUACUGGCCCUUGUCCCCUGGGAUAAGGGAACAGGCAGCCACCCAGGACCCUGAGGUCUCGCCCGAGCAGCCGCCUCCACCAGUCCCUGGACUCGGCUCAGCGCGCGCAGGCGGCCGCGGUUCCCGCCCAGGGAAAGGCGCCUUGGCGCACUCCGGUCCCGCGACAGGCCCGUGCCACCUCCGCGCCCAGCGGCGCCCUGGCCGCAUGCGUCCCCGCUCUGGCCUGCGCGAAACCACUCGGUGACCCCGGCGCUGCCCCGGUGCCCGGAGGCGCGCGGGAGGCCGCGUGGGUGCCGGUCCUGGCAGGCAGAGGCCCGGGGAUCGGCCUCGGCCCUUCCGCCCCCGCCGCCCAC